AUGGACUCCACAGGCCCCGAGGCUUACGUUCCUGAUGCCCCCGAGGCCUGUAUUCCUGAAGAAACCACCAAAAAGCUGGCUAUUGCGUGUGAUCAACCGAAACAGCAUAAUUCGGACUCGAACAACCUGGAAACUCCAGCGAAAGAACGUGUGAUCUGUGGAUUGAGGACGGCCACCUUUGUUCUCAGUGUUCUGCUGGCCAUGGCUGUGGUGAUAGCAACUGUGGGCGGCGGGGUGGGUGGUACACUGGCUGUUAGGAAAGCGAGAAAGUAUAACUUCCAUACAAUCCGCUUUUCCAUCCUUGAUAUUUGGGAUAUCUAA